AUGUCGGGCUUGCUAGGCGCUGCCUACGAUUCCAGCGACGAUGAACCUGGCGUGCCGAAGACUGCGACACCCGCCACCACGGUCGUGGCUGCGCCGGAAGUGAACACAGAGGUUUGGUCCCCCGACAUACCCUAUGCCCCAAUUCCAUUUGCACAGAGCUGUGAUCACGCCCACAUGCAGAUGACCCUGGCAAACACCUCGUCGCAAGCUCUCACCUACAAUGCCACCUACGAUGACAUGAUGCGGCCGGCGCAGGGCCCGGCCAACCCUUUCAAGCCAGUUGGACCCGGUAAUGGCAUCAAGCGGAAGAACGUCCCCACUGGAUUCGCGGAGGAGGCCGCAAUCAGCGAGUCGACUUUCGCGGCGCAACAUCGCACAUUUCAAAGCCUCGGCUACACACGCAACCCGACCCUGCCGGAUCAGUUCGUUGGGAAUAUGGACAAUGUGGCCCAGUACGGAGGCAAGGAUGUUGUUCAAAUGAAGCCCACCAAGGAGGCAUCGGCCGCAUUGCGGGCAAAGCGUCAAAAGAAGGGCGACUCCAGCAUUGUCGAAGGCGAGGGCGCAUACGUGGGGCCGUGGGCGAAAUACAACAAUGAGCAACGAUUUGACGAAUAUGAGGUCGGCGAGGAUGACGAAUACGAGCUGGCUAGUGAUGAAGAGCUUGUGGAAGAGGAUGAGACCUUGGCUACCUCGGCGCCCAUGCCGGCCAUGAGUAAAGAAGCCACCGACUACCAGGGCGACACAUCCAAGGUGGAAACGACCGAAUUCCACGGCUCUGAGCAGUUCGAUUACCAGGGCCGCACCUAUAUGCAUGUUCCUCAGGAUCUGGACAUCGACCUGCGCAAAGAGGUGGGCAGUAUCAAAAACUACGUGCCCAAGAAGCUGGUGCACACCUGGAAGUCGCACACCAAGCCCAUCACCUCUCUGCGCUUCUUCCCGAGAUCAGGUCACUUGCUGCUCUCUUCGGCCGCAGAUGGCAAGGCCAAGAUCUGGGAUGUUUACCACUCGCGAGAGCUUCUCCGCACUUUCUCCGGUCACAACAAGGCCAUUACCGACACCGAUUUCGACCCCUCAGGCAAGACCUUCCUUACAGGUUCAUUCGACCGGAAUAUCAAACUCUGGGACACCGAGUAUGGUAAGUGUAUUGGCCGGUUCUCGACUGGAAAGACGCCGCACGUUGUACGCUUCAACCCAGGCGCUGAGCACCGCCAUGAGUUUUUGGCUGGUAUGUCCGACAAGAAGAUCGUGCAGUUCGACACUCGCUCCGGCGAAUUGGUCCAGGAGUACGAUCACCAUCUGGCAGCCGUCAACACCAUCACAUUCGUUGAUGAUAAUCGUCGCUUCAUUACAACCUCCGAUGACAAGUCUUUGCGCGCUUGGGAGUACGGUAUCCCCGUCCCCAUCAAGUUCAUCGCCGAGCCAUACAUGUUCGCACUCACUCGCGCUGCCCCCCACCCUAAUGGAAAAUACGUUGCCUUCCAGUCUGGAGACAACCAGAUUGUUGUCUACGGCGCCACCGACAAGUUCCGUCAAAACCGCAAGAAGAGUUUCCGGGGUCAUAACACAUCCGGUUACGGUGUUGAUCUCAAGGUGUCGCCGGAUGGUCAGUUCAUUGCUUCGGGUGACAGUGGUGGCUUUGUUUGCUUCUGGGAUUGGAAGACGGGCAAGAUGUAUCACAAGAUCCAGGCGGGUGGGAAAGAAGGUGGUGCUGUCACUUGCUUGGACUGGCAUCCCCAAGAAACGAGCAAGGUGGUUACUGGUGGACUUGAAGGGGUCAUCAAAUACUGGGAUUAA